AUUAUAACACUAUCAAUUCAUUCCCAAUUAAUACAAUUAUUCAAAUACCAAUCAACUUCCAAUUAAUACAUUUUAAUUAAAGUGGCUCCCCGCAUGGUGGAUUGGAUGCAAUUCCGAUCUUAUAUCACUGCAUUCCAUAAUCUUAUUAAUUUCAGUUAUAAUAACAAUCCCUUAAUCAAUGGCUGCAUAAUUAAUGAUUUCCGUUCGUGUUGUUAUAUAAAUUUAUAAAACUUCAAGUGAGGAACUCAAACCACAGUGGAACCUCGGGUUGUGGACGUAAUCCUUGAUGGAGGCAUGUCUGCAACCCGCAGCAUUCACAUCCUGAAGUGGCGCGUCUGCGCAGGCGCGACUUGGGGCUUCUGUGUAUGCGCGAGCGGCGAAACCCGGAAGUAACCUGUUCCGGUACUUCCAGGUUUCCCACAGUCCGCAAGCCGAAAACACAUAAACUGAAGCGUCCGUAACAUGUGGUAUGACUGUACUAUAUUUGUUCUGUCCUGCGCAUGAAAACUGUUAUGCCCAUGGAGAUUCCUUCCGACCAUAAAUGGUGUUGUUUCUUUCACUUCCCAGCGGAUGUCGUCUCCCAUUGUGACUUGGGGCGGAAGUGAAUCUUGAAGUUUCUCGAAGGUCUUAUCUCUCCAUCCUGAAUCACACAAUGUUGGGUUCUAGAGUAAUAGCAAUGACCCCCAGUUUGAAUAUAGUAAUUGCUCUACUGGUGGGGUGCUGCAAAAUGCAGCCGUUUUGCUGCAAAAGAACUGCAAAAACUUUGGCACAGGUUUAGAGGAGAUUCCAAAUUACGGGGUUCAUAGUUCAUUUGCCUCAAAUGGAGAGUUUUGAGGACUGGACAGGGAGACACAGCAAACACUUUGAACAGAAUGAUUAUAUUUCAAAAGCACUAGACUGCUAAACUCUGCACACAGGCCCAUAGUCCUUUCAAAACAGAGACUAGCAGUAAAGUUAAAUAUUCCUGUGUACUUGUUUUCAUUCAUUUUCAUUCCCCACAAAUUUCUCGUAAGCGUAGAGACUCCUCACAACAACAAUACUGAAAUUUCUUUUGUGGCCGGUAAAUUCUGUUUCAUUUCCUUUGGAACCAUAAUGGGCAAGAGAAGUAUUCCACAGCGCCAAUCCCCUUGUUGACUCAGUCCGCUUCCUUCUAUUCUUUAACAGGAAGCUCUUGGACAAUCAGCACAUGCAGACAAACUUCUCUCCUGGUUGCUUUUUGUUCUCCCAGACGGCAGAAUGGACAGAGCGGCAGGUUUCUGAGGAGUGGAAGACAUGAUGAUAGCUUUACAUUUCUUGAUGUUUUUCUGGUUAUCUGACUCUGUUCUUCUUCAAGAGUCUGUGCCCAAGAAAAAUGGAAGCUUCAUCCAGCCAUCCUCAGCAGUUUCCACAGGUAUAUAUAACGGGGCCACCUCUCCCACGAAAGGUCUCCUGUACGUAUAUACAGAUUUUCUCACUAUCCCUUCCCCUACAGAAGAAAAAUCAGCAGCACUAACAGUGGCAGCAACUGGUGUUAUCAGCUUCAUUGCCAUUCUGGUGGUGAUUGUAAUUAUCCUGGUCUGUGUGGUCAGCCUAAGAUUCAGGUGUCAUCACUGCAAAAAUGUGGAAGAUAAACAGAAACCUCAACAUCCGAUUGUAUCUUACAGCUGCUCUGAUGCUGAAGCUGCAGUUGGCAAGAAAAAUGUCAUGCUGGUCUCCAUGAAAGACUUAAACAUAAGCAACAGCCAAGGUGCUGCAAAAUGUAUUACACAUGAAAAUUGAAGAAACAUUUUUAAAAGGUGUAACUUUAUUUUUAAUCAAUGUGGGGGAAUGCUGUAAGGUAUUUGUUAUUCUCUUUGGGAUAUAAACACAUGAAGCCGCUUUGUAAA